CCUUAUGGGGUGUCCUGUUUGUAUGGAGAAGUCAAAUGCAUUUUGGCUCAAAAAUAGCCGCAAACCAUCUUAUUUUGAUUGUCACCGCAGGUUUCUCCCUCAAAACCAUCCAUACAGAAAGGAUAAAAAGUCUUUCCUGAAGGGGCGCGUUGAGCGUGAUCCUCCACCUCCGAGGUUGACAGGAUAUCAAAUUUUGAAUCGUGUUCAGCACAUUCCUUCUGCCAUAGAUGAACCUCUUGAGUAUCCAUAUGGAUAUAAGACUGAUCAUAAAUGGACCAAAAAAAGUAUUUUUUGGGAAUUACCAUACUGGAAAGAUCUACUCAUUAGACACAAUUUGGAUGUAAUGCAUAUUGAGAAAAAUGUUUUUGAUAACAUUUUCAACACAGUCAUGAACUUCAAAGGGAGAACCAAAGAUGGUCUAUCAUCCCGAAGGGAUAUAGCUUUGUAUUGUGAUAGACCGGAAAUAGCUAUGGGCCCUGAAUAUGAAGGCCCCUACAAGAAAGCUGUUUACCAAGUGACGGUUGAACAAAAGCAAAAAAUAUUGGAGUGGCUUAUUCAGUUGCGAUUUCCAGAUGGAUACACAUCCAACUUCAAGAGAAUUGUUGACUUAGAAAAGUUGUCAAUUAAAAAUAUGAAGAGCCAUGAUUGUCACGUAAUCAUGCAACGUUUACUCUCAGUUGCUCUGAAGGAAAAUCUUCCGGCCAAUGUAUGGGCGUGUAUUGUUGAUGUUUCCCAACUUUUUCAGUUAAUAUGUUCGCCUGUACUUAACAAAAAAGCUCUUGAGGACCUUCACCGCAAUGUUCCGACUAUAAUGUGUAAUCUCGAAAAAGUGUUUCCUCCAUCCUUUUUUGAUGGAAUGGAGCAUCUACUUAUCCAUCUUCCAUGGGAAGCUAGAAGAGGAGGUCCACCAUUUUAUAGAUGGAUGUACAACUUUGAGAGGUAAAUAUUUGUUCAUUUUCACCAAUUUUUAUACGUAUAUUAUUAUGACAUAAUUACAUUUGUUCAAUGUUGUUAGGUUUUUGCGGGAACUGAAAAAGAAAGUGACAAAUAAAGCUCACGUCGGAGCUUCUAUCUGCCAAGCAUACCUCACGGAAGAAGUUUCUACAUUCUCUUCUUUCUAUUUUGAAAGAGAUGUGAUUACCAGACGAAAAAGACCAGCUAGAAAUGAUGACAUUGAUGAGGGAAUGUAUGAGCAAAUGGUAUCAAUUUUCAACUAUCCUGGCAAAGGUUAUGGCAGACAAACACAUCGUCAUGUUGUCGGAGAUGAGUUCCGAAUUGCACACACCUACAUUUUGGUGAACUGUCCCGAAGUUAUUCCGUAUUACAAUGACUUCAGAGAAAAUCUUUCCAGUUCCGGUUACGGGAAUGAGGACAUUGAUCAUUUCAUC